AAUUUUGAGUGUUGAAACGAAAAAUUAAAAAAAAAUCCUAUAAAAAUGCCUUGUACUAUGGACUAUUCAAGGGGAUACGGCACAGGGGUUGCUGAGGCGAUACAUAAUUGGGGUUUUUCAAAUGGAGUAAGUAACGAGGGCCAAGAAAUGCGCCGCUUGAAGUGUCUCUUCGCUAAAAUGGAUUGUCUGCGUAGCAAUGCAAAAGCUCCUCUAUGCGUGAGAUACGAUUGUCGAAACGAUCCAGAGGCCUGGUACGUGAAGCCAAGUCCACACGAAUGUAAACCAGCUUGGACAUUUCCAUCGAAAAGACCUCUUAUCACUUACAGUUCUACAGCUGACAUCAUAGUAGUAUCAAAUUUAUUAGCCGUCGGUGGAGAUCUGGCAUACCCGAUUCCUGGACGUAGUUAUAUGGCACAAGGUACGGAUAAAUGGUACAGAAGAGGACCGGAUUGCUGUCCUCAACCCAGUUGUUUGGCACCCCAGUGUCCUAUACCACGUUGCUGUUGAAGAAUUGAAGAUUUUUAUGACAAUAUUUAAUUUCUCAUCUAUAUUUACAGUAGAAACAAGAAUUAUUGUGCUGUGUAUCCUGUUUAUUUCUUAAUAAAUUUAUGCAUUUUCUUCCUUAUUGUUGCAUUUUUGGAGCCGAAUUACAUAACCUCGAAGAUCCGUCAAAUUAUUUAUUGGACCUACAACAUACUGUAAUUAAGUGGAAUUCAUUAAUUCAAAAUUGCUAUUGAACUCGUUCUGGUAUUUUAAUAAUUUAAUUAUGCAAACUGAACUAGUAAGUUUAUUUGUUUAGGUUGGCAAGAACGAUUGUAACUUGUUAUUAAAAAGACAGUAGUAACGUGAAUAUGGAAUAAAAAAUUUGUAAACUGUCACAAAAGACGACUACUUCAAAUUCAAAAUUACCUCAAAACCCUUUGGCUGAUUAAUUAAUUUAUAAAAUAUCGUAACUUUCGACCGAUUUAAUACACUGUUAGAGAUGCCACCGAAAAAGGAUAAGGAACAGAAAGAUAAAGCUGAGAAAAAGGGAAAGAAGGGCGAGAAAGGGGAUGCCAAGGGUAAGAAGAAGAAAGGUCUUCCAAAGGGUGCAGGAAUGGGUGGAACUAUAGGCAUCGUUGAUAAACCAGUUAAAAUUUGCCCGCCACGCGGACAAUCUUGCCCUCCUGCAAUGUGCUGCCUUCCACCCCCACCACCUCCUUGCCCGCCAAUAUUAUGCUGCCCAAUGCCAGUAUGUUGUCCACCAUCAACAUGCUGCCCACCCCCGUCCUACCCAAGACCAUACUAGAUAAUAAUGAAAAAUAAUUUUCUGUAUCAAAAAUUCGGGCAAAAUUAAUAAACACAUAAAUAAUA